CUCUUUCAAGACAAGAAGCGCCGCCUGGAAGAGUUGGAGUGCCGAAAAGGACAAGGCCAGCUUCCUGCAGGAACUGCAGCUGUUCCACGGCCGUAAUGCGUAAGAAGGAAGCUUGGGUGUUUUGGGGGGUUUGUGAUUGAUUUUGUUUGUUUUUGUAAGAUGAGAGGUAGGAAUGUGGAUUCGCACCGGUUGUAUUCGGUGGUGGUGGCCCGGGAUUGGAGAUUGAAGGUCAAUUCCCGCGAGGACUGGGACGAGAUCAUCGAGGAGAUGGCGCUGCCGAAGCGUGGCGUGAACAACGAGAUUGCGUUGAAGAAGAUCAUCUUCCGGUUUUUGGACAAGUUUUACUUUCACGGUGAGGAGAAGGAUCCGACGAAGAGGAGGACGACGAAAAGCUACAUAAACGGAGGUGGUCAGCGCAGAUGUUGCACUCGGUACAAGCGGUUUACAACACCGCAACUUCCCGCCCACAAACACUCACCUCGCGACGGUGCAGCUUCAGCCGAAUGAAUCUGGACAGGGAGCCAAAAAAAAUCUGUGUCAUUCCCGAAGUAGGAUUACGUGCUCAAAAUCGAAUUCCGUUCCGAGGGCCUCAUCAACUCCAUGUUCCGGAUGCGCUUCCAGGAUCGGGAACUCCCCGUUCAGGCACUUUACUUUCCAACCGGAAAACGUCGACCACCCUUCCCGAAUCAACGUCCAACUCCUCCAAGACUAUCCUGAUUGAGGCCGGAAACGUGACCAUCGUGUUACACUGCUGUCGCGCGUCGAAACCUUCAUCCGGAACCGUCCUGGGGUAUUCGGAAGUGACCGGUGGCGUACUGUAUGAAUCGGUACAGUUUGGACUCGGAUAUUGGCCUAACUUGAGCAGAAGCUAGUGGAGAAGCCUUAAAUACAAUAAAAAAGGUGCAGGUGGUUAUGUUACACAUGACCAGUAUGACAAAGAACUUAGCAGAAAAGCUUAUAAAUUAAGCAAUUUUGUUGAAUUAUGCGUCAGAUAAAAUCAAAACAUUAUUGGAUUUAUAAUUUCGUUUAUUUUCUCUUUAAGCUCCGUAUUAAAAAACCAUGAUAUCUCUAUAAUUCGAUGUUUGUCCCCCAAUCGGAACAAUCGUGAGGUAGCGGCCUCUCCAGAUUGUUGCCACCUUUUUCGAAAUAGCCAGUAUUGUAAACCAUGAGUUGUGAUACCCAUAUUGCCAAAACUCGUUGGUUCAAUAGAUGUCUUCCCGGGAAAACUUUCCUUUAGGGCACCGGCCACUGCAGCUUUUGGCCAACUUUUUCUAAAUUGCCAUUUUCAUUACCAAUAUCAAAAACCAUGCAAUUUGAUACCAAUAUUGCCCAAAAUCGUUUAGUUCGUUAAAUGUCCACCCGGGACAACCUCCCUGAGGGCACCGAUCACUCCAGGUUGUAGCCAAUACUGUCAAAUUGGCCAUUUUCAUCACCAGUAUCAAAAUCCAAGAAGUUUGAUACCCAUGUUGUCCAGUCUAGUAUGGCCUUCCAUCGGAACACCCCUGAGGAAUCUGGCCACUCCGGGUCUUGUGGCCAGAAUAUUCCGGUGGCUCUUAAUUAUUCUGGCUGGCCUUCCUCCGCUUGGUCUGCUCCUAGCUCCGGGCUAGCUGCUUUUCGGCCAACUGCUUCUGGGCCUCCAGGCCAUCUGCUUCCAGGUCCAGGUUGUUGUUUACUCCUCGGCGUCCAACGAUAGAAUGAUUUCCCAGGGUUGACCGAGCGGGGUUAUAUUGGCUUAGAAUGGUGACGGAUGCCCCGCCCCUUUGCGCCGGUUAUCCCAUUCCUUCGUCAUUCGCUUUUUGAUGCACUGAUGGGGAUGGGAAGUCGUGAAGGCAGCAUUUUUGCCAACGAUUUUCAUUCCAUCGUCAUCGUUCGAACCGACAACAUCGUAGCAGCAGCGGAAAAAAAUA